CCCCGGGCGGUGCCCGGUGCCGGCCCGCCCCGUCGGCGAGCGGCGGGCGCGGGGAGCCGGGCGGCGGCAGAGCUGCGGGGAGCGCCAUGCUGCCCGCCGCCCUCCGCCGCUGGCUGCGCCGGCCCAAGCGCUCCGACCCCCGCCUGCUCUCCCAGUUCUUCUUUGCCGAUGAGAGGGUGACACAGGUGGUGGCCGAGAUCAACGGGCUGGAUGCCGAGCUGGACCCGCAGCAGUACCUGGUGCUCCUCAACCAGCUCCACCUCAGCCAGGCUCACCUGCUGGCCAUCCUGGAGCGGAUCAUGGAGGAGUGCAUCCCCACGCAGCGGCACAGCCGCGACUACCUGGUCAAGUUCCCCGAGGAGCUCUUGGUGGACAACCUGGGGAACCACAUGCUGUUUGCCGCCGAGUGUCUCCUGGCUGGGACCUUCCUGGAGGUGGAGGAGGCGGACGGGGCGCAGCUGCGGCCCCAGGCCAGGAACCUGCUGUGCAGCCUGGAGCUGGUGCGGACGGUGCUGCGGGAGCAGAGCCUGAGCCAGCCCGGCUCCUACCCGGAGCCCGUCCGGGCUGUGCUCGUCCAGUUUGACCGGCUCUUCGCAGAGUUCGAGCUGAGCUACGUGUCCUCGCUGGUGGCGGUGAAGUCUCCCGAGGAGAUCUACAGGCAGCAGGAGAUCAUCGUGCUCUUCUGCGAGACAGUGGAGAGAGCCCUGCGCCUGGGCUACCUGACCCAGGAGAUGAUCGAUGGCUACGAACCGCUGCUGAUGUUCACCAUCCCUCGCCUGGCCAUUAUCAGUGGCCUUCUCAUCUACCCUGAGGGUCCCCUCAGCCUGGAGCAGAGCCCUGAGCAGAUGUCCCGGGUCUUCAGCCCCUUCUACAACCUCCUGAAAAAGAUCAGGGACCUGCUGCGGGUGCUGUCGGCGGAGGAGCUCUGCCUGCUGGAGAGGAGCCUGUGCACAGCUGAAUCAGAGGAUCCCUGCGGUCCGGCCACCCCCUCGGCUUGGGGGGCAGCCAUGCCCAGAGCGGAUCCCCUGGCUCCCUGGGGUCUCCUGGAGGUCCCCCGUGCCACCCCACCACCCCCCACCUGCACAGCACGGCUGGGACCCCCCGGCGUGGCGGAUGACCUGGGCACUGACCGGCAGUGGGGCCCCCAGCCCCCUGGGAGCAGCUCGGGGCUCGACGACGCCACCCCCGUUGCCCGCUGCUGGGAGCUGCGCUCCCGCUACAGCAGCACCAAGGACAUGCUGCACACCCUCUUCGUCUGCAUCUCAGGGGUGGCCGAUCAGCUCCAGACCAACUUUGCCAGUGACCUGCGGAGCAUCUUGAAAACUGUCUUCAAGAUUGUCGCCUCGCAGGCGGAGCCCUUGGAGGAGCCGAGCGGCAGCCAGGAAGAGGACGGUGACCCGUGUGCGGCAGACGCUCCUCGCGUGGCCGACUGUCCCCUGUGCCCCAGCCCUGCGGAGGCUGCCGGGCUCCGGAGGGCAGCAGCCCCCCGCCGCCUGCCCGAGUGGGUUCCAGACAGCACGUGCAGCCAGUGCUCUGCCUGCCGCUCGCCCUUCACCCUGCUGCGCCGCCGGCACCACUGCCGCAGCUGCGGGAAGAUCUUCUGUGCCCGCUGCUCGCCGCACACCGCCGCGCUGCCACACUACGGCCAGCCGAAACCCGUGCGCGUCUGCACACACUGCUACACCGCGCACCUCUCGCCCCGCCGUGCCCGGAGCCAGUGAGAGACCCCCCCCCGUGCCAGAUCCGCAUCCGUAGGAGGACAUGGAGCGGGGGCACAAAUGGCCACUCGGGGGCUGCUGGGCGGCUCCAUGGCCCCGCGACUCCCCUCGGGGUGGGCACGGCGGCAGGACCCCCCCCCGCACGGCGGCAGCCGGUGCCCCACGUCGGUGGGCGCAGGACCGCCUCACCCGGUGCGCCGCGGCCGAGCCCCGCUCCCGGUGUGCCUGUGCCACCGUGCGCCCGCCUCCCCCCGGCUGGAAAUGUGCUUCGUGGUGGGUUUUUUGUGGUUUGGUCGUUGUUUUUUUUUUAUUUUAUUUCAGGUGAACUUUGGCUGCUGUCGGGCCCGGGGCAGAGUCUCCGCCAUCCCCCGCCCCCGGGCCCUGGCCUGAGACGGUGCAAACAGCCCUCACAUGACGGCGGGUGCCCCGGGGCCGUGCCGGGCCGCGCCCGGGGGAGGGCUGGCCCUCGCCCCCGGGGCCCGGUGCUGCCCCUCCCCACCCCGAGAGGGGUUUUUAAUAAAGAGAUAAACCCGCCUGGCUGGGCCCGAUGUCGCCGGGUACGCGGCGGUUGCGCGGCGGGGGGGUGGAGGGGGGCGAGUGGCCGGGGCCAGCGGUCGCCGUCGGUGGGCGGGGGGAGACUCACGCGGGGGCGCACACCCCGGGGGCGUGGUCUAGAGGCAGAGGGGGCGUGGUCUAGAGGCUGGGGGCGUGGCUCGGCGCCCGGGGGGUGUGGCCCGGGCCGCCCCUCCCGCCGAUUCAAAUUUGAAGCACGCGCUUUCCCGCCCGAAUUUGUUUCCCCGCCGCGCCGA